GAUUUACAGCGCCAGCUACAUGAAGUCACGACGGAGCUGGAUUUCAAGAAAGUCUCGUACGCGCAGGUGGUGGAAAAGGCGAGGCAGCAGGAUGCUGAACUCCAAAAGCGACAGGCUCAGCUCAAGUCUCAGCUCCACAGAUUUCAGAAAUUUGUGUAUACUAACGAAGAGAAAACAACACGUGCUAAUAGAAGGGCCUCCGCUGAAAGGGAAACGAGUCAUGCACGAGAUAAAGAAAUCGCGGUGCUGCAAAGGCAACUGGCAGUAGAUGAAGUCACUUGCAAAGGAUUCGAGUCACAAGUACAGGGCCUACAGAAGUUUGCAGAUUAUCUGAAGGCCGCAUCGGAAACCAGCCCAGAUUUCUCGAGCGUGCGUGACAUAAUUGAACGUUUUGAAGUCCUAGCGUCCGUUCACUCCAGCCUCCGGCAGAAUGAAGAAAAGACAACCGAGCAGAUUGAUAUUCUUCGCCAGCAGCUUCAAGAAUACAAACGAAGCCAGGCGGCGAAGAUUCUUGAGGCGAACAACAAAGUAGCUGAGUACCAGCGCGAGCUCGAGGCACUAGAAAAGGAGUCGGCUGCUCUGACAGCCAAAGCAGACGAGGCAGACAAGGACUCUUUCAGCAAGUCGUUACACCUGGGAAAGGUUCUCCUUGCAGUUGAAAACAUGUAUGCCAUGUGUAUUACCGCCAGGCCCAACAUACAACACGGUCGCGCAACCUGGGAGAGGCAACGGAGGGAAUCAGCUGCUGAAACAGACGGGGAGGCGCAGCAAGAGAAGCCCAGCACCGAUGGGGUGAAGACACCGAAAAGAAAAGAAGAACACGAGCCGACUGAGUGCUCCCAAAUGCAGCGGCGGUGCCGCUACGCGGUGGAGCUCCUGGCUGCCAUUCGCUCUUUUAUUAUGGACUUCAAAGACAUUGAAGAGCAGCUGAACAAAGGCGAAAAAAGAAAGCAGAAAGCCAACAGGACCGUCAACAUGGCCGUCGAGAAUUCGGAUGAAGGUUCGCAUUUUUCCCUCCUAACUGCAUUGGAAAGGCACAACCACUUAACUAGGCAGUAA